UACUCUGUGAGAGUUGAUUUAACACUGGACAUUUUGCUGUGUAGUUCUGCAGCACCAUGAAGAAUAUAGCUUACUUCUUGCCAUCUGUCAUUCAGUGGCACGUCUCAUUUUUUCUUUUUUGAGUCUGUGCCGGUUUCUUUACAAGCAAGUCAUCUAAACCGCCCGUUGUGUGUAUCCUGUUUUUCUUUUGUCUUGUGGGAUAAAAAAAAAAAAGAAAAAAAGAAAAAGCCUCCCAGGAGCAUAUGGAUGUCUGGUUUCCUAAUCGGUAAUGAUAGAGCGGCUUUUGAUGGGGAAACACUCCUUCCCUAACCCAGCGUCCCGUUCCUUCUCUUCCAGGUCUGAUGGAAAUCCGAUCCGUCAGCGUGGGGGUCGUGGCCAUCAAGUCUGUCAGCACCGGGCUGUACUUAGCCAUGUCUAAAAAAGGGACGCUGUUUGGAUCGGUGAAAUACAACCCCAGCUGCAAGUUCAAGGAGCGGAUCGAGGAGAACGGGUACAACACGUACGCCUCCCUGCGGUGGAAGCACGGCGGGCGGCAGAUGUUCGUCUCGCUGAACGGGCGGGGCAAACCGCGGAGGGGCCACAAGGCGCGACGCAGACACCCCUCCACCCACUUCCUCCCCAUGCUGCCCUCGUAGGGCGACCCGCGCCCCCCCCCCCCCCCAACGUCCAUCCGUACCAGUGUCCCGUCACUAUCGUUAUCAUUAUUAUUAUUAUUAUUAUUAUUAUUAUUAUUAUUACUACUACUACAAACCCUCCUCCAUACGUGUACAUUUGUUGGGGAUUAUACACCAUUUCGUUUGCCGGAGUUGCGGGGG